GCAUGUGGGAUCUUCCCGGACCAGGGCUCGAACCCGUGUCCCCUGCACUGGCAGGCAGAUUCUUAACCACUGAGCCACCAGGGAAGCCCCCCAUCACUGUUGACAGCACUCUAUAAACACCUGGUCUGCUUCCAGUCUUUGCAUCGGGACAGCCUCCCACCUGGGUUCAGGUAGGUUCACUCAUUAGUGACAGGCUGGGUGGCAUCCUCCUGUGAGGGCUUAGGUCACACACUCUCCCUGUCCCCCUCUCCUCGCUCCCCCAUAGCUUCCUAUCCAGACCUUCAUACCUUCACUGGGACCAGCACCUGGCUGUGGCCUUACUGGCCCAUGAGGCUUCAUGCUCACCUGUCUGGGGGCACAGCACACGUUCCAAGGCGUCUGCUAAAUCACCUGCAGAGAGAUGCUCCCCGCAAUCUGCCUCAGUCUCAUCUACCAGUUGCAUUACUGUCCCCACACAUGCCAACAGCCCCCCACCAAAGGUUAAACGCACUUUUCUCAUUAUGAGUGCAGUCUGGUACCUGUCAUGUUUUUAAGUUAUUUUUUUUCCUUCCCAGUGACCGGGCUGUUUCUUUGCCUUUGUCUUGAGUUUUUUUGUUUUUGUUUAUGAAAGGGCAAAGAGCUCUUUACUUCCUAGGAAAAUAGCCUUUGGCCUAAGAGGCAAAAACUUGAGACCUCCCCCACCCCCAACCCCACCACUGCCCCAGGACAGGAAUCUCCUUCUCUCUGCCCUGCAAUCCUGGAGAGCUUCCUGGAGGCACCGGGCCCCGAGGGAAGCAGCUUGCAGACUCUGGCUGCCCCUUCUGCUUGGGGUUGGGGGGCCUGAGGCACCCCAGCUUCUCCUCCAGAAAGGAUCUUAGAUUCCUUUCGCCACCAACUGUCUUGAGACAACAGAAGUUUAUUCUCUCACAGUUGUGGAGGUCAGAAAUCCCAAAUUAAUCCUCCUGUAGAGCCACUUCUAAGGCUCUAGGGGAAGAUUCCUCCUUGUCUCUUCCAGCUUUUAUGCUUUGUGUGUUCCUUGGCUUGUGGCUUGUGUGUAUCAUUCCAAUUUCUGCCACUGUCUAAACACGGCCUCCCUGCCUGUAUCUGUUCUCCUGUCUCUUAUCAGAUCACUUGUCAUGUUGUUAGGACCUACCCUCAUCCAGGGUAAGGAUCUCUAGAUCUUUACCUUAAUUACAUCUGUGAAGGCUUUUUUCAAAUAAUGCCACAUUCACAGAUUCCAGGGAGACAUGUCUUGGGGCGGGGGUGGGGGGGGCCACCAUUCAGCCCCCUGCAGGUGCCUUCCCGGGACUCAGCCUUGGCGCUCUGUCACCUGCAGUGACACGCUUUUGUAGGUCUGCACUGGUUUGUGUGGUGCCUUUGUUUCUGUUUGCAUCCACCACACCGAGGCUCUGUCUGAGCCCUCUGCAGAGCUCCCAGGGCAGGCCCUGGGCCGGGGCCAGGGGAGGGAGGGAGGCAAGUGCUCAGACUCUAGACUGUAUGAGGCCGGGACUAAAGGGCUGGAUCCUUUCUCAGGAGGGCAGUUUUGCAGAACGUGUCCACAUUCACCACGCCUGACCCAGCCCUAAGAAAGGCUGCACUGGGAAUUCCCCAGCGGUCCAGUGGUUAGGACUCCGCACUUCCACUGCAGGGGGCACGGGUUCGGUCCCUGGUCGGGGAACUAAGAUCCCACAUGCUGCGAAGCGCAGCCAGAAGAAACAAAGAAAGACUGCACCAUCUGCAUCCGGGUGCCCAGGUGUGAGGACAGUCCCCCGGGGUCCAGAGUGUUGGGGGGUGCCACUGAGCAGCAGCCGGACGCAUGGAGGGUGAUAGAGUCACGGUGUCCUCCACAGACUGACACCCCAGCCACUGGCUGGAAAAGAUCCCUAAGGCCUAGUUUCUCUUUGUUUGUUUGUUUGUCUGUGAGCAGUUUUAGGUUUAUAGAAAAAUUGCAAAAGUAAUACAGAGUUCCCCUCCACCGCACAUACCCAGUUUCCCGUAUUAAUAACAUCUUCCUUUGGUAUGGUACAUUUGUCACAACUGAUGUACAAAUACUGAUCCAUUAUUAUUAACUGAAGUCCAUUGUUUAUUCACAUUUCCUUAGUGUUUCCCUAAUGUGCUUUUUCUGUCCCAGGAUCCUCACAUUACCUUUAGUCGUCACAUCUCUUUAGGCUUCUCUGGGCUAAGAUAGUUUCUCAGACUUUCUUGGUUUCGACGACCUUGACGGUUUUGAUGAGAACUGGUCAGGUGUUCUAUGGCCCUUGGCCCUUGGUUGGGAUUUGUCUGGUGUUUUUCUCAUGGUUGGACUGGGCUUUGGAGCAGAGGACCACAGAGGGGAAGUGCCUUUCUCGUCACACACACACACACACACACACACACACACACACACACACACACGUGUCCUGGGCACGCGCCAUCAGUGUGACUUAUCACUGUGGUGUUGACCUUGAUCACGUGGCUGAGGUGGUGUCUGUCAGGUGUCCUCACUGUAAGGUUACUCCCUUCCCCCCUUUCUGUGCUGUGCCCUUUGGAAGGAAGUUGCCACGUGGCCCACACCUAAGGGGUCGUGCUUACGCUUCCCUUCCUCCAGCACUGAGCAUCUGCGUAAUUUAUUUGGGAUUCUUCUGCCUGGGAGAUUUGUCUCUUCUCCCUCAUUUAUUUAUUUAUUCAAUCAUUUAUUUAUAUCCAUGUGGACUCUCGGCUAUUUAUCUUACACUUUGGGUUAUAAUCCAACACUUCUGGGACUUCCCUGGUGGUCCAGUGGUUAAGACUACGUGCUUCCACUGCAGGGGGCACGGGUUCGAUCCCUGGUUGGGGAACUGAGAUCCCUCAUGCCUUGGUGCAGCCAAAAACAAAAAAACAAACAAAAAAAACCCAACACUGCUUUAUUGAUUUUGUUGCUCAGCAUUCCUGCUUUGGCCACGAGGAGCUCUUUGAUUUGCCUUUGUGUCCCAUUUUCACAGUCCCAUUGACUUUGGUUCCUGCCUGACACCUCAGGGUGGUCCAGGCUCAUCGUUGAGUUUCUGGCCCCGUCUUAGAAGCAGCUGUUCAUCCCCGAGCCAGGGACCAUUUUAGGUAGGAAACAGCGGCAGAGGCCACCUGGAACAGAAUCCUGCUUGUGCUUCCUAGGAUGUUUCGUACCAGCGGGUGCCUGGGAGGACCUGGAGGGCAGGAGGGGCUUCCAGAGCUGGCUCAGGGGGGCAUCUGCCUCGUUUGCAUCAUUUUACAGGAAAGCAUGUUGAUUCAUUGGGUGAUUUUAAAGCAAGGGAUACCUCCAAGCAUACCGGUGCCCAGUGGCAUCUCCGUGACACCAGUCCUUCAUCCUUUUUUCCUCCUGGUCCCCUCCGUGUGGUUGGCUGAGCUUUGAGUGUGCCUGCACUAGGAGGUUAAAGGACUGAGUCUCCCGCCGUCCUGAGCAGGCCUGGAAUGGGUAAUGGUGUGAAGGAAGGCGUGGUGCGUUUGCGUGAGGAUGCUGAGCCCAUCCUGCCCGCUCAUGUGUCUUCAAAGAGUGAUCACAGGCAAGUUCUUAGCUCCCUCCUGUCAGGGGCCCUGGCUGGCGCUCUUGCCAAAACGGCGGUAGCUCCCCUGGACCGAACCAAAAUAAUCUUCCAAGUGUCCUCGAAAAGAUUUUCUGCCAAGGAGGCCUUCCGGGUCCUCUACUUCACCUACCUCAACGAAGGCUUCCUCAGCCUGUGGCGCGGAAACUCGGCCACCAUGGUGCGCGUGGUGCCCUACGCCGCCAUCCAGUUCAGCGCGCACGAGGAGUACAAGCGCCUACUGGGCAGCUACUACGGCUUCCGCGGAGAAGCCCUGCCCCCUUGGCCCCGCCUCCUCGCUGGUGCACUGGCUGGAACGACGGCCGCUUCGCUGACCUACCCCCUGGACCUGGUCAGGGCACGGAUGGCCGUGACCCCAAAGGAAAUGUAUAGCAACAUCUUUCACGUCUUCAUCCGCAUCUCCCGAGAAGAGGGGCUGAAGACCCUCUACCACGGAUUCAUUCCCACCGUGCUGGGGGUCAUUCCCUACGCCGGCCUGAGCUUCUUCACCUACGAGACACUCAAGAGCCUGCACAGAGAGUACAGUGGCCGCCUGCAGCCCUACCCCUUUGAGCGCAUGAUCUUCGGGGCCUGCGCGGGCCUCAUCGGGCAGUCGGCCUCCUACCCGCUGGACGUGGUGCGGCGGCGCAUGCAGACGGCCGGCGUCACGGGCCACCAGCGCACCUCCAUCGCGCGCACGAUGCACACCAUCAUGCGGGAGGAGGGCGUGGUGCGCGGCCUCUACAAAGGCCUGAGCAUGAACUGGCUCAAGGGUCCCAUCGCUGUGGGCAUCAGCUUUACCACCUUUGACCUCAUGCAGAUCCUGCUGCGGCACCUGCAGAGCUAGGGGCCAGUGGGGUCGGCUGCUCUCGAGCUUCAGUUCGCGGUGGACCGCUGACCCCUUCUGUUUCUGAGCCCAGCGAGCAAGGGUGUGCUGGGUUCCACCCAGGAGGUGCGCGGAUGCGCCUUGUGGAACAAGCUGGGGGGCCUGGGCUCAGUGCGCACAGGUCUGAGGGGAAAGCCAGUGGCCCUCGAAGUGCAUUGUUGGGACCGGGGGGGCUGGAGCUCCCGUGCUCUCCUCUUCCCGCCUCAGCAGGGCCGGGGCUGCCCCGGGAGGUAUUACCGUGAACGCCCUGAGUGAUGAGGGGCCAGCACUGCUUCCUGGUGCACUCUGUGUCCUUGGACAGGCCCCUGGUUCUAGUGACCUGGUCCGCCCUGGGCUCAGAGCCAGACCCCGCCUGCCCCUUGUUGUUCCGAGUCUAUGUCCAUAGUGGGGGCAGCCCCAGAGAGUGUGGGGCUGAGGCCUGGCCUCCUGCCCUAUCCCCAUGAGACCAGCCUCCUGCUCAGCUGUGGCUACAAAUGCAGCCUCUCGCCCCGCCCUGCCUGACCCGCCUUUCCUGCCUUCACCACUUCCCCGUAACACAACUCCUUGUCUGUCCCAGUCUACAGCUUGGGCACAGCCUUCUCCUAAGAAUGUUACCCCGAUCCCAGACUCUAUCCCGGGCCCCUGGGAUUGGGUCUUCCCCUCUGUUGCGCCCCCCCACGCCCCAGUUUGUAAUGUUCUCCGGAGGGUCACGCCUCCUCCGGGCAACAGGGUUUGAGGAAUUGCCAUGGGUUUUCGGUCUGAGCCCCAGCCUGAAGCAUCUGCCUGGGUUGCCAGGAAGCUCUCAUCCCCGCCCCACUGGCUGCACUAAUGGAGGCUGGGCCUCAGGCCCUGACCCUCUGCCCAAAGGCAUGGGGGCUCGUGGGGGGGACCCAUGGCAUCUGGCACAUCCCUGGCUCCCCACCUGAGCAGUUAUUUGGCUGGGACAUGGGGCAAUUUAAGGCCCGUGGGGUUGUCUGAUUUCCCGUGAACGGAGUACAUGGAGGCAGCUGGCCGCCUUGAUUCUCCCAAAGUGAGAGCCCGAGACAGCAUCUGGCCUGGGGGCAGGAAGCUUGGAAGAGUCAGGGUACCCCAGAGAUCUGGUCUCACAGAGGAGGCCCCCCAGAGCCCACCGGGAAUCACAGGGACUUGGAAACACCUGUUUCCUAAUGACAUUUGGAGUUUGGUUUUUUUUGGUUUGGUUUUGCAAUUUGGCUGGCCCUGGGUCUAGACACAGUAAACCCUGACCAGUCCAAUCUGGUUCCAGGACCAGGACCACCAGAGGGUCGGUUUUCACAGUGGGCUCAGUAGCCAUGAUGUGUGAAAGGGUCUGAGAGGGUAUCUUUGUUGCCACACAUGCAUUUCCAGUUGUGAUUUUCAUUUCCUCCCUUUGUUCUGUCCUGUUUCUGUUUUUCUUGCCUUAGUCCCGUGGGUGUGAAGACCCCUCUUUCUGUCCUUCCUGCAUGUUUCCACCAGCCAGCCCCAGUCUUGUCCCCAGACUCUCAUUCCCGGGGGCCCAAGCAGCCUGUGAUGGCUGUCCUGUCGGGUAAGCAUCCGACCCACCUUCUCCCCCAGCCUUGCCCAGUGCUCAGGAGAGGCAGGGGCGUCCCUCACAGGGAGACAGGAUGGGAACGUGAGGGCCCCCAGGCGAGAACAGCAGGGACUGGCGGUCCACCCCAGGUGAGUGAGACCAAAUAGAUGGUUAGGCAGCACCCUCCUCUGAGCUGCAGGCUGGGCAGGAGCGGGGAGGGUGCCCCAGGGUUGCUGGCCCCAGUUUGCCUCCCCAAGGUGGCUCCCAGCCAAGCGAGCCUCGGCAGCAUCGCCCCGACCCCCCCCCCCCAGCCCUGCACACAGUCGGACCUGCACCCUCGGCAGUCACCCCUCUCACUGAUUGCCUGGCCUGAUUUGGAGUUACAUUUUGACGCCAUGAAGACACUUUGUUUAUAUAUAAUGUUUAUAUAUUUUAAAGAUUUGUGACAAGAGAGUAUAUUUAAUAAAAAUUAAAAUGACUUUU